AUGUCAAGACCAGAGGAGCUCGCUCCACCAGAAGUAUUCUACAAUGAUACCGAAUCUUUCAAAUAUACAUCAUCCACACGUGUGCAACAUAUACAGGCCAAGAUGACCUUACGGGCAUUGGAGCUUCUCAAUCUAGAAAAUGAUGUGCCUCAAUUUAUACUCGAUUUAGGUUGUGGUUCAGGCUUGUCGGGAGAGAUUCUAACCGAAGAAGGCUAUGACUGGGUAGGAAUGGAUAUAUCGCCCAGCAUGUUGGCAACAGGUCUAGAUCGAGAUGUUGAAGGAGACUUAUUCUUGGCUGAUUUAGGUAAUGGAAUACCGUUUCGAGCCGGUACUUUCGAUGCUGCUAUAUCAAUAUCUGCUAUCCAGUGGUUGUGUAAUGCCGAUUCUGCUAACGUUGAUCCCAAAAAGAGAUUGCUAUUGUUCUUUAACACGCUAUAUGCGUCAUUGAAACGAGGAGGUAAAUUUGUGGCUCAGUUCUAUCCAAUGAAUGAUUCUCAAACUGAAAGUAUAAUGGGUGCUGCAAAAUUAGCUGGGUUCGGUGGUGGAUUAAUAAUAGAUGAUCCAGAACUGAAACGUCACAAGAAGUACUACUUGGUUUUGACGGCUGGUUUGGCUGAACGUAACAUAAAUUUGACGGGUGCCGAAAUGGACGCUCCAGACGAAAAGAGCCUGAAAUUGAAUAGGAAAAAGAGGAAAUUAAUGGAGACUAGGAAAGAGUUUAUAAAUAGAAAGAAGGAGACGAUGAGGAAGAGGGGUCGCAUUGUUGCCGAGGACUCUAAAUUCACGGCUCGAAAGAGAAGACCGCGUUUUUAG